AUGCUGGCCGCUGGACGGCGCCACACGGCGCUGCUCAGGGGCGACGGCACCGCCGCGGCCUGCGGCUGGAAUGGUGAUGGUCGGUGCGACCUCCCGGCGCUGCUCGCGGGCCUGACCUACACGCAGGUCGCCGCUGGACGGCGCCACACGGUGCUGCUCAGGAGCGACGGCGCCGCCGCGGCCUGCGGCUGGAAUGGUGAUGGUCAGUGCGACCUCCCGGCUCUGCCCGCGGGCCUGACCUACACGCAGGUCGCCGCUGGAGGGGAGCACACGGUGCUGCUCAGGAGCGACGGCGCCGCCGCGGCCUGCGGCCAGAAUAGUGAUGGUCGGUGCGACCUCCCGGCGCUGCCCGCGGGCCUGACGUGCACGCAGGUCGCCGCUGGAGGGGAGCACACGGUGCUGCUCAGGAGCGACGGCACCGCCGCGGCCUUCGGCUGCAAUUUGGUUGGUCCGUGCGACCUCCCGGUGCUGCCCGCGGACCUGACCUACACGCACGUCGCCGCUGGAGGGCGCCACACGGUGCUGCUCAGGAGCGACGGCACCGCCGCGGCCUACGGCCAGAAUAGUGAUGGUCAGUGCGGCCUCCCAGCGCAGCCAGCGCUGCUCCUGCAGGCGUCGCUCGAUGGCGACUCGAUGGUGUUCGUGACCUUCGGCGGGGUGGAGCGCUGCAGAAUCAGGGCGGCGCCCACUACACGCCUGAGGGACAUCUACCUCCAGCUCGCGGCUGAGCACCGCGCUGGCAGGCUCGGCCCCGGAGCCUGGCGCGUCGAUGCCAUCCUGCCGGGGGGCCGCCCGCUCAGCAUCGCCGCGGCCGAGGAGACGGUCGCCGGCGCAUCCGCCGAAGCCGCCGCCGCCGAAGCGACCCUCGGAUGA